AUGGUUGAGGUGAAUGAUUGGAAGGGAUUCUGCGAACUAGAAUCUGAGCCUGCGCUCUUCAAUGUCAUGCUUCGGGAUUUUGGCGUCAAGGGGGUCAAGGUUGAGGAGGUUAUAUCUUUGGAUGAGGACAUGAUGGCGACGUUGAACAAGCCGGUGUACGGAUUGAUAUUCUUGUCCCGCUGGCGGGAGGAUGACCCAGAAAAACAAGAAGCAAGUUGCCCAGAGGGGUUGUGGUUCGCAAAUCAGACAGCGACGAAUGCCUGUGCCACUGUUGCUCUUCUGAACAUCAUCAAUAAUGUUGAAGACAUUGACCUUGGAGAUAAUCUGCAAUCCUUCAAAGAAUUUACUAUGCCCUUCACACCGGCGCUCCGGGGCGUUGCAAUCAGUAACUAUGAAUUUAUCAAGAGGAUACACAAUUCAUUUGCAAGGAAAAUGGAUAUACUCAACGCUGAUCACCAGCUCAAGACUGAGACAACAUCAAAGCGAUCUCGCAACCAAGUCGACCAAAAAGAUCUUGACACGAUCUACCAUUUUAUUGCCUAUGUUGCUGCAUUAGGUAGAGUCUGGAAAUUCGACGGGCUGGAACGUCAGCCCCAAGUGCUUGGAACUUGUCAACCUGACGAUGACUGGUUGGCCCUAGCUAAGCCUAAUAUUCUUACAAAGAUGAGAGAGUACGAAGAAGGUCAGAUCGAGUUUUCGAUUCUGAGUCUUAGCCAAGACCCGCUCCCUGGCCUGCUCACUGAGCUGGCGAUUAAUGUUAAGUCUCUCGAAGUGAUAAACCAGCGUUUGACAUCCACGGGCGGUGCACUAGCCUUCGAUGCUGUCAAUCAUCUCGGAAAAACGCUCUUGGAGGCUGAUGAGUCCUACACACUGUGCAGAGACAUGAUCGAUCGAGCGGCCAUCCCUGCAAGUCGAGAGCAGGAGUAUCGAACUUGUACAAUGUUGGACUUAGAAUCUCUAUGGAACAAGCUUACCCAUGAUCAGCGUCAAUUACGAGUGUCUAUCCGUGAAGAACAGCAAUCUCGGCAGGCUGACGAGAAUUACGCAGAGGGUCGGAGGUACGAUUACAGUCCUGCUAUUCGCACAUGGCUCCGACUCUUAGCCCACAAGCAAGUCAUUGAAAAGUUGUUGUGA